CAUCAAAGCUCAAAGUAACCAAUUCAAAAGUGUUCAUUAGAAAAGAGGAAAGAAACUAAUUGAUAAUGGCAGCGAGACAACAACAUAAAGGAACAGGCUUGGGGGUUCAGUACGAGGACUUUGUUCCCAAAUCAGAAUGGAAAGAUCAACCUGAAGCCACCAUUCUCAACAUUGACCUCCCAGGUUUUGCAAAGGAGCAAAUGAAAGUAACGUAUGUGCACAGCUCGAAGAUGAUAAAAAUCACGGGAGAACGUCCCUUGGCUAAUCGAAAAUGGAGCCGUUUCAACGAGGUGUUCACUGUUCCACAGAAUUGUCAAGUGGAUAAGAUCCAUGGAAGCUUCAAGAACAAUGUCCUCACCAUCACCAUGCCUAAGGAGACGAUCACAAAGGUGGCUUAUCUUCCAGAAGCUUCUAAAACUGAAGCUGCUGCUCUGGAGAAGGCGGCGAAGCUAGAGGAGAAGAGGUUGUUAGAAGAAUCUAGAAGGAAAGAGGAGGAAGAGGCAGAAGCUAAGCAGAAGAAGAAGCAGCUUCUGGAAGAGAAAGAGGCGCUAAUUCGGAAGCUGCAAGAAGAAGCUAAAGUAAAGGAAGAGGCUGAAAUGAGGAAGCUUCGAGAAGAAGCUAAAGCAAAGGAGAUGGCUGAGGCAAAGCUUUUAGAAGAAGCUAAAGCAGACCAGAAGGCUGCGGAAAGGAGGCUUCAAGAAGCAAGAGAGAGACGUGAGGAGUGGAAACUUAAGGAAAGGAAGCUUGAGGAGAGGAAGCUUGAUGAUAUGAAGCUUGCGGAAGAAGCUAAACUAAGGAAGAUCCAGGAGAGAAAGUCUGUUGAUGAAUCUGGAGGAAAAGAGAAGAUACUAAAGCCACAAGAAAUGAAGCUUGCAGAAGUGGUCUAUACAAAAUCCGGGCCCGUGGCUACUCCCAAACCUGAGUCCGGGUCUGGUCUCAAGUCCGGGUUUGGGGGAGUAGGCGAGAAAGUAAAUUCCUUUGCCGGAAAACGAGAAGUGAACGGUGAAGACGGCGAGGUUGAGAACCAUGCCUCUUCGUUCAUUUUGUUUUCUAGAAUGCGUUUCACAAAACGAAUAAGCCUCUUCUUGGGGCAGACCACCAAGAUUCAUCAGAGUCGCUCUCUAUUGGGAAAUCCAACUUUCUGCAGGUCUUAUAUCGUUGGUCCGGUCUCUACUAGUUCGCCGGCGUUUCUGAUUUCGAGUCGUAAUGGUGAUGGUGUUACGGGAUUUUCCUACCCGAUACGUCGUCGUUUCAUCGGGCACACUGCAGAACAGUUCUCGGAUGAUGAGUACGAGUGUGAAUUCGAGGAACAUAAGGCUUCAUCUUCUGUGGCCAAUGUUGAUGAGUGGAAGUGGAAGUUAGGUAUUCUGUUGGCCAAUGAUAGUGAACAAGAAAUUGUUUCCAGAGACAAAAGGGAUCGAAGGGAUUAUGAGCAGAUCUCAAAUCUUGCUAAGAGAAUGGGACUGUACAGUGAAAUUUAUGGAAAAGUGGUUGUUGCAAGCAAGGUUCCUCUUCCUAACUACCGACCAGAUUUGGAUGAUAAGCGACCACAACGGGAGGUGGUGCUUCCGUUGAGUUUGCAAAGAAGGGUAGAAGGACUCCUUCAGGAACACCUUGAUAGACAGCAGCUAAGCUCAGGAAAGGCUAAUGAAUGUGUAGCUGAUUCUCAACCUCCUAAACAGACUGAAGAACUUCCCGAUGAAAAUUCUGAUUCGUUUCUCGAUGGUUCUGUUAUGGAGAAGGUACUUCAGAGGAGGAGUAUGCGGAUGCGCAACAUGCAGAGAGCCUGGCAGGAAUCCCCUGAGGGACGGACGAUGCUGGAAUUCCGGAAAUCUUUGCCUUCAUUCAAGGACAAAGAAAGACUUCUUCAAGCUAUUGCUCGGAACCAGGUGAUAGUUGUAUCUGGGGAGACUGGAUGUGGUAAGACAACUCAGCUUCCGCAAUACAUUUUGGAAUCAGAGAUAGAGUCUGGUCGGGGAGCAUUCUGCAACAUCAUUUGUACACAACCUAGGAGAAUAUCUGCCAUGGCAGUUUCAGAAAGAGUGUCAGCUGAGAGAGGAGAACCUCUUGGUGAAACGGUUGGGUUUAAAGUUCGACUAGAAGGAAUGAGAGGAAAGAAUACCCAUCUUCUAUUUUGUACAAGUGGUAUCCUACUCAGACGGCUGCUUAGUGAUCGCAAUUUGAAUGGCGUAACACAUGUUUUUGUUGAUGAGAUUCAUGAAAGGGGCAUGAAUGAAGAUUUCUUAAUAAUAGUGUUAAAGGAGCUUCUUCCACGGCGUCCAGAUCUGAGAUUGAUUCUCAUGAGUGCCACUUUGAAUGCUGAACUCUUUUCUAAUUACUAUGGAGGGGCACCUACCAUUCACAUUCCUGGCUUCACACAUCCAGUAAAAGCACAUUUUUUGGAGGAUGUACUGGAAAUAACGGGAUAUAAGUUGACCUCUUUUAAUCAAGUUGAUGAUUAUGGCCAAGAAAAGACAUGGAAAACGCAAAAACAGUUAAUGCCUCGCAAAAGAAAAAACCUGAUCACUACUCUUGUUGAGGAAGCUCUCAGCAAGUCAAAUUUUGAAAGCUAUAACUCUAGGACACGUGAUUCACUUUCUUCUUGGAUGCCUGACUGCAUAGGAUUUAAUCUCAUUGAGGCUGUUCUCUGCCACAUAUGCCGAAAAGAACGUCCAGGUGCUGUGUUAGUAUUUUUAACAGGAUGGGAUGAUAUCAGAUCCCUGAGCGACCAAAUUAAAGCCCAUCCUCUCUUGGGGGAUCCCAAUAGGGUCUUGCUAUUGAUGUGCCACGGUUCAAUGGCAACUGCUGAACAGAGACUCAUUUUUGAGAGAGCACCUCCUAAUAUUCGCAAAAUUGUUCUUGCUACAAACAUGGCAGAAGCUAGUAUUACAAUAAACGAUGUAGUUUUUGUGGUUGACUGUGGAAAGGCAAAAGAGACCACCUAUGAUGCUUUGAACAAUACACCUUGUUUGCUACCUUCCUGGAUAUCUCAAGCUUCUGCUCGACAGAGAAGGGGAAGAGCUGGGCGUCUGCUUCCGGGAGAAUGCUAUCACCUAUACCCCAAAUGCGUCUAUGAUGCUUUUGCGGAGUAUCAACUUCCUGAACUUCUGAGAACUCCUUUAAACUCUCUCUGCCUGCAAAUUAAAAGUCUUCAGGUUGAAAGCAUUGCAGAAUUCUUGUCAGCUGCACUUCAGGCUCCAGAGUCUUUGGCUGUUCAAAAUGCUAUUGGAUUCCUGAAAAUGAUCGGAGCACUGGAUGAGAAGGAAAAUCUAACGGAUCUUGGAAAACUCUUAUCGAUUCUCCCUGUUGAUCCCAAGCUGGGGAAAAUGCUGAUAAUGGGUGCCAUCUUCCGCUGCUUUGAUCCGAUCCUGACAAUUGUAUCUGGGCUAAGUGUUAGAGAUCCUUUCCUUCUACCUCAAGACAAAAAAGACUUAGCUUUAUCAGCCAAGUUGAGAUUCUCAGCCAAAGACUAUAGUGACCAUAUGGCACUGGUUCGUGCCUUUGAAGGGUGGAAAGAUGCUGAAAGAGAAGGAUCGGCUUAUGAGUUCUGUUGGAGGAAUUUCCUGUCAGCUCAGACGCUUCAGGCGAUACAUUCUCUAAGGAAGCAGUUCAACUAUAUUCUGAAAGAAGCUGGCUUAGUACAUGAUGAUUUAACUCUCAACAACAAGCUAAGUCACAACCAGUCUCUGGUUCGUGCUGUCAUUUGCUCUGGCCUAUUCCCUGGAAUAGCAUCUGUUGUGCACAGAGAGACUUCCAUGUCAUUCAAGACAAUGGAUGAUGGCCAAGUAUCGCUAUACGCGAAUUCUGUUAAUUCGCGGUUCCCAACAAUUCCAUACCCUUGGCUAGUCUUUGGAGAGAAAGUAAAGGUCAAUGCCGUGCUCAUACGGGACUCCACUGGUGUCCCUGAUUCCAGUUUGAUCCUUUUUGGUGGUGCACUGAGCACUGGAGUACAGGUGGGACAUCUAAAAAUGCUUGACGGGUACAUUGAUUUCUUCAUGGAUCCAAAUUUGGCUGAUUCCUAUGUAAAGCUGAAGGAAGAACUCGAUAAGCUUCUUCAAAAAAAGCUUGAAGAUCCAAGCUUGGACAUCCACAAAGAAGGCAAGUACCUCAUGCUUGCAGUUCAAGAGCUCGUGGCUGGAGACCAAUGCGAAGGCAGAUUUGUCUUUGGCCGUGACACAAAGAGGCCAAGCCAACCGCAAAUAGGAGAGAACAAACACUCCAAAGACGGGACAAACCCGAAGAGUCUCCUUCAGACACUUUUGAUGAGAGCUGGACACUCACCUCCAAAGUACAAGACAAAACAUCUCAAGACAAACGAAUUCAGAGCACUUGUGGAGUUUAAAGGAAUGCAGUUCGUUGGGAAGCCUCAGAGGAAUAAAACGCUCGCUGAGAAAGAUGCAGCAGUUGAGGCCUUAGCUUGGUUGACUCAUACCUCUGAUAAUAGUACUGGCCAACACAAUGAGGAUGCAGAUUCUCGACCUGAUGUUACUGAUAACAUGCUUAAACUCCUUGGAGGACGGCGCAGGCGGUCCAAGGGCAAGCUUCGGUCUUCCUCCGUCACAAAUGUCACCCAGCUUCCGUUCCUCUCUCCUCGUUACCGGCGUCGGUUACUGGAAGAACGCUUCGGUCUCGCAACUAUCGUUGUUACGCGCCAAAACCUCUCGGUUACUCCGCCGUCUGCGGCGGUGGAAGCUCGUAUCUCAGGGAAAAGAGAACCUAUGACGCCUCCGUAUAACGUCUUGAUCACUGGCUCAACCAAAGGUAUAGGAUAUGCAUUAGCUAGAGAGUUUCUGAAAGCAGGCGACAAUGUUGUGAUUUGCUCUAGAUCAGCUGAACGAGUUGAGUCUGCUGUUCAGAGUCUUAAGGAAGAAUUUGGGGAGCAUGUGUGGGGAACUAAGUGUGAUGUUAGGGAAGGGAAGGAUGUGAGGGAACUCGUAGCUUAUAGUCAGAAGAAUGUUAAAUACAUUGACAUUUGGAUAAAUAAUGCGGGAUCUAAUGCAUACAGCUUUAAACCAUUGGCAGAGGCCUCAGAUGAGGAUCUUAUUGAAGUUGUGAAAACCAACACUCUUGGUCUCAUGUUAUGUUGCCGAGAGGCAAUGAAUAUGAUGUUGACCCAAUCUCGAGGUGGUCAUAUCUUCAAUAUUGAUGGAGCUGGUUCAGAUGGGAGACCAACACCCAGAUUUGCUGCAUAUGGUGCAACUAAACGGAGUGUUGUUCACCUGACAAAGUCAUUACAGGCAGAGUUGCAGAUGCAAGAUGUCAAAAAUGUCGUGGUGCACAAUCUAUCGCCUGGAAUGGUCACAACUGAUCUGCUCAUGUCCGGAGCAACAACAAAACAAGCCAAGUUCUUCAUUAAUGUUUUGGCAGAGCCAGCUGAAGUGGUAGCUGAGUACCUUGUCCCGAACAUAAGGGCAAUACCGGCUAGCGGAUCUAUGAAACCGACUUACAUUCGUUUCCUAACCGGAAUCAAAGCCUACACCAAAAUAUUCUCAAGAGUUGCAUUGGGAGCAAGGAAGAACAGGUAUGUUACUGAAGAGUAGGUGUCGUCAAAAUAAGGAUUAGAAUUGUAUUUGUUUCAGUGUUUGCUCAAUGGUAAAUAAAAACCUCUACAUCUUUUGUUAAUUACACUCGAAACUAUUUGUACAACUUGGAUUGAAGUUCUUUUGCUGCAAAAAUGUUAAAGAUUUCUCAAUGAAUGAUGUAUUAGAUG